AUGGAAAAUGAAGGGAAAUUCACAAAUCAUGACACUCAAAUCAUCAAUAAAAAUUGCAUGAAAAAAGAAAUUGAAAUCCAUCAGUAUGAUAAUGCAAUAAUGUCUCCUUCAACGGUCGGGAAGUGUGAUGAUGAUAAACAGAAAUUAAUGAGAUUAAAUAAACUUUUAGCAUGUAAUUUUAUUACUGUUAAUAGUUUGGAAGUUUUCAAUUGCAUUCAUCUGAAUUCUUCUUAUAAAUAA